AUGAAGAUCCGAGCCCCCAACCUCACCCCGGCCCUCCGUGGUGCUCGUCCUUCGCUGCCGCUCAACGGUAGCUUGGCCACCGCCCUCAGCUCAUCGACGCGCCGCUCUGCAUCCUCGCUCUCCCAACGGCCGGACUCGAGAUACGUCCAGUUCCCCGGGGCAGUCAAGUCCGCGUUCACCACCAAGCUCCAGUUCGAGCAGCCCUCCUCCCACGAUGCCAUGCCCACCUACCGCGCCGUCGACCAGAGCGGCAACGUCGUCGAUCCAUCCUUCAAGCCAGACCUCGGCGACGAGGAGGUGAUCAAGCUGUACAAGAACAUGCUACUUAUUUCGAUCAUGGACAUCAUCAUGUUCGAUUCCCAACGCCAGGGCCGUAUCAGCUUUUAUAUGGUAUCAGCUGGUGAGGAGGCCGUCUGCGUGGGGUCAGCAUCGGCGCUGACCAAGGAGGAUGUCAUAUUCUGCCAGUACAGGGAGCAGGGUGUCUUCGCGCAGAGGGGGUUCACUCCGAAAGACUUCAUGAACCAGUUUAGCACCAUCUCGUCGCCCCUUGGAACACAGAUACCCCAUGCAUCAGGUGCCGCGUACGCCUUGAAAAUGCAGCGGCUCCAAAACCCUUCCAUCCCACCACGCGUGGUCGCAGUCUACUUUGGCGAGGGCGCCGCCUCCGAGGGUGACUUCCAUGCGGCUCUCAACAUCGCCGCGACGCGUUCCUGUCCGGUGGUCUUCAUCUGCCGGAACAAUGGCUACUCGAUCUCCACGCCUGCGCUGGAACAGUAUCGCGGGGACGGCAUCGCCAGCCGAGGAGUAGGUUAUGGUAUCGAGACGAUUCGAGUUGACGGUAAUGAUAUGUGGGCUAUCCGCGAGGCCACCAAGAGGGCAAGGGAAAUGACACUGCAGGAUGGCGGCAAGCCUGUGCUCGUUGAAGCGCUAACGUACAGAGUGGGCCACCACAGCACGUCGGACGACUCGUUCGCGUAUAGGGCACGUGUGGAGGUCGAGGACUGGAAGAGAAGGGACAACCCAAUAUCGAGGCUGCGAAAGUGGAUGGAGGCCAAAGGGAUUUGGGACGAGCAUAAGGAGAAGGAAGCGCGGGACAGCACGAGGAGGGAAUUGCUGAAGGCGUUCCAGGAGGCAGAGAAAGAGAAGAAGCCGCCGAUUCGGGCGAUAUUCGAGGAUGUAUAUGAGGAGCUGACACCAGAUCUGAAGAAGCAGAUGAGUGAGCUGAAGGAGCACCUCGACAAGUACCCGGAUGAAUACGAUGUAGGAGAGUUCGAAGGGGGUAAAGAGACUUUAAAAUCAUAG